CUCUCUCUCUGUAUCCCCCUUUAAAAUUUAGAAAAGGCUCUCCUUUUUUCUCUCUGUUUCUCUCUCUCUCUGUGACACAAGAUCAACUAAUCAACCACAGUUGCAUUGCUUUGGUGAACUUGAAGAAUGCCCCAUUUGCUCCUGAAGGUGCUUAUGGGAGAUAACUGUUCUUGUGGUCACCUAACCUUUUAACUCAAGUGCAAAGAGAGUAUACUGAGAUGGGCACUGUGCACCGCAGUGGAGUUUUUAAGAAAACAAAUGAUAGUGCAAGGAUCAUUAUCAUAACAAUUCUUGGAGUCGUUUUUGGAUUUUUUAUUGGUGUAUCAUUUCCAUAUGCUUCCCUUAAUAAGAUUCACUUACCUUCAAGCUUGAUAUCAUCUCUUGAUGUAGCCCUUCCUGAUGACAAUGAUUUUCCCAGAGACAGAUCUCCUGAAACAACCGGGGGCAAUGUUCCUAAGAUAUAUGUUCCAACAAAUCCUCGUGGUGCAGAAUUAUUACCUCCAGGAAUUGUUGUUGCAGAAUCUGACCUUUACCUGCGCAGAUUAUGGGGUGAACCUGGUGAGGAUCUGAAGAAGAAACCAAAGUAUUUAGUAACAUUUACAGUUGGUAUUGCACAGAGGAAUAAUAUUGAUGCAUGUGUUAAAAAGUUUUCUGAGGAUUUCCAAAUUUUGCUUUUUCAUUAUGAUGGCCAUACAACAGAAUGGGACCAAUUUGAGUGGUCAAAGAAUGCAAUCCAUGUUAGUGUGAGGAAGCAAACAAAAUGGUGGUAUGCAAAAAGGUUUUUGCAUCCAGACAUCGUUGCUUCUUAUGAAUAUAUUUUCAUCUGGGACGAAGAUCUGGGAGUGGAACAUUUCAACGGGGAGAGAUACAUAGAAUUGGUCAAGAAACAUGGUUUGGAGAUCUCACAACCAGGUUUGGAGCCCAAUAAUGGACUGACAUGGCAGAUGACAAAGAGGAGAGGUGACCGAGAAGUUCACAAAAUUACUGAAGAGAAACCGGGCUGGUGUAGUGAUUCACAUUUGCCUCCAUGUGCUGCUUUUGUGGAAAUUAUGGCACCAGUGUUUUCUCGGGAAGCUUGGCGUUGUGUAUGGUAUAUGAUUCAGAACGAUUUGGUGCAUGGAUGGGGAUUGGAUUUUGCUCUCAGAAGAUGUGUUGAGCCUGCGCAUGAAAAAAUUGGUGUGGUAGAUUCACAAUGGAUUAUUCAUCAAGUAAUUCCUUCUCUUGGGAGCCAGGGCAAGCAGGAGGAUGGAAAAGCUCCUUGGGAAGGGGUUAGAGCAAGGUGCAAAAACGAAUGGUCAAUGUUUCAGAAUCGUCUUGCAAGUGCAGACAAGGCAUACCUUGCUCAGCUUGGAAAGGAAUAAAUUUAUAUUGUUUUUUUUCCCCCAAACCUCUCUCAUUGUCACCCCACAUUUGUACAUGUAUCAUCUCACAUGAUGUUUGUUAGAGUUCAGUUUAAGUGACAUUUUUUGCUGUGAAAGAAGGGUAGACUCAAUUCCUGAGCCACAUUUUUUGUACCUUAUGAUUUUUACAGCUAUAUAAAAAGGAGAGAAUCAUUUGUUAUCUCA